GCGUCUCCCAACCCGCUGUAGUGUACCUGUUCGGUAGCAGGCAACGUCUUUGCUUCCAAGUUGCACUUUUCUUUCUGCACUGCGUCAGGUCAGGAUGGAGGACUCUAGCGUUGGCCGCACCUCGUCAAGAUCUUGGCCGUCAGUCGAUAAUCUUUCAUCCGAAAUGAAAGCUCCGCUUCUGCCGGUCCAGGUGAAGAAACAAGCUGUGAAGCGACACCACCACAAGCACAACCUGAAACACCGCUAUGAAUUCCUGGAGACACUCGGGAAAGGGACAUAUGGCAAAGUUAAGAAAGCCAAGGAGAGAUCUGGCAGACUGGUUGCCAUUAAGUCCAUCAGAAAGGAGAAGAUCAAGGAUGAGCAAGACCUGGUUCACAUUCGCCGGGAAAUUGAGAUCAUGUCAUCGUUGUGUCACCCGCACAUCAUCACCAUCUACGAAGUCUUUGAGAAUAAGGACAAAAUCGUGAUUGUGAUGGAAUACGCCAGCAGGGGGGACUUGUACGACCACAUCUGCGACAGGAGGCAGAUAACCGAGCGGGAGUCGAGGCACUUCUUCAGACAGAUUGUGUCCGCUGUGCACUACUGCCAUCAGAAUGGAAUUGUUCACCGGGAUCUGAAACUGGAGAAUAUUUUACUCGAUGGCAAUGGCAACGUCAAGAUUGCCGACUUUGGCCUGUCAAACCUUUAUCACAGAGACGAGUACCUUCAGACAUUCUGCGGAAGCCCCUUGUACGCAUCUCCAGAGAUCGUCAACGGUCGGCCGUACCGUGGGCCGGAGGUGGACACGUGGUCUCUCGGAGUGCUGUUGUAUACUAUGGUUCAUGGCACCAUGCCCUUUGAUGGGAACAACCACAAGGCACUCGUCCAACAGAUCAGCACCGGAAAUUACCGCAAACCAAACAAACCCUCUGAUGCGUGUGGUCUCAUUCGUUGGAUGCUAAUGGUGAACCCUGAGCGCAGAGCUACAAUUGAGGAGAUAGCAGGACACUGGUGGCUUAACUGGGGUUACCAGCGGUGCCUCCUGGCUGAGACAAAGGCUAGCCAAGUUGAGGAGACGGCAGCCACCGCUCCGUCAACGCCGCACCCGGCCGGGUUGGCCGGCGUCGCCAGCUGGCUGCGGCGUACGUCGAGGCCUUUGCUGGAGAACGGCUCCAAGAUGCGCUGCUUGCUGCGCUCGCAAGGUAGCGGCGGGGGUGAUGUGGUGCGCCAACGCUCUCUGCGGAGGUCACGGAAAGAGAAUAAUGUCUCCCAGCCUGGCCAUGAAGGGAGUACAGACACCCGGCCUUCCAAAGGCAUUUUAAAAAGAAGAAACAGCGCGAAACAGAAGGUGAUGAGCGAGACUCCCGUUGAGGUUUCAGCAGAGCCGAAGAACCUUUUGGGUUUGUCCACUCCGGCCAGUGAGCCCUCCUCUGCAAUGCAACCUCGCAAAGGUAUCCUAAAGAAGCCCACAGAGCAGGAAUCUGGCUACUAUUCCUCCUCUCCUGAGAACAGUGACUCUGGCUGGGUGCAACAAUCCAAAGCGUGCCCCUCGGCUUCGACCCACAGAAAAGGCAUCCUCAAGCGGAAUGGAAAGUUCUCCUCGGGUGGGCUUCAGGAGUUCGGCUCAUUGGAUCAGCUGACCGUUUCAUUACCCAGCCGAAGCACCAGGCCGAGCUCAAGUGGUGCCAUCAGCGAGGACAGCAUUCUGUCCUCAGAGUCAUUUGACCAACUCGAUCUUCCAGACUGUGUAGGACUUCCUGCACGCCCAGAGAAAGCCGGUAGGCCCACCAUGAGAGGAUGCGUUUCAGCCGACAACCUGCUGGACAUUCAAGAAGAGGGUAUUCUCGGAGACGGGCUGCAGAGGCGGUGGAACUGCUACGACGCCGGCGUGGCCGACAGCGCCUUCUCCAUUACAGACUGCGAUAAUGUCACUCAGGCUUAUAAGCAGGCCUUGAUGAUUCACAGCCCCGCUCCAAGCUGAACACCACGAAGGCUCUGUCGCCAUCAUACAUGGCCCCUCUGCCAAAGUACAUUCGAACAAGUGCACUUUAGGCAUUGUCUCAGUGGCCAACAUCAGGAAUUGCACACACCAAAAAAAGGGAAGCGGCAGAGAGAAUUCAUGGCUUGGUCAUGUUCAAAAAUGAAUGAUUUUUUUGUAAAAAAAAA